AACAGGUUGACUCAAGGAGACUGAAAAGCUCUGAGAUGUUGCAACCAACUGCAUGAGGACAGGAUCAGUGAACAAGCAGAAACUCCUCAGCAGCUGCAGCUUCAGUCUGUGUGCAGCCCCACCCACAGGAAGGGGRAAAAAAUACAAGGCUGAGUUUCAACAGACAAGAGAGAGAGAAGCUGUAGAGCAGAAAAAACUAACUUCACACUGCACAGCUGCUUUCAGUUUUGAAGACAUGAGGACCGCCUCCCUCCUCUUCCUCCUCUCCUUCCUCCUGGGUGUGAAUUAUUCUCAGGCGGGGUCAGAGUUCAGGAUCUGCGCCUUCAACCUUCAUCACUUUGGAGAAUCGAAGGCCAAGAAGAGUGACGUCAUGCUGACCCUGGCCCGAAUCAUCAGUCGGUGCGACGUUUGUUUGCUUCAGGAGGUGAGGGACAGUAAAGGGACGGCUGUACCACAGCUCAUUCAGACUAUUAAAAGCUAUGACCAUAACCACCAGUACCAACAUGUGGCCAGUGUGAGGCUGGGCCGCUCUGAAACCUACCAGGAGCAGUAUGUGUUUGUUUACAGGUCCGACACGGUGACCGUCACAGACCAGUACCAGUACCCAGAUGAUCUACCAGGAGAUGAAGAYGCGUUCUCCAGAGAGCCUUUUGUUGUUCGCCUCAAAGCCCCGAGGACAGCGAUUAAGGAUUUUGUCCUGAUCGCUCAACACACGACUCCAACCAACACCACGAAAGAGCUGGACUCUCUGUAUGACGUCCUGCAGAGAGUCAGGAAGAUGUGGAAAACUGAGAACGUGAUGCUCCUCGGGGACUUUAACGCCGACUGCGGCUACCUCGCCAAGAAGAACAGGAAGAACGUGCGCCUGAUCACAGACCCCAGUCUCCACUGGCUCGUACCGGAGAACAGCGACACCACCGUCAAACUGAGCACUUCCUGUUCCUACGACAGGAUCGUUGUGCACGGAGACACGUUCAACAGAGCAGUCGUUCCCUCUUCAGCCCAGCCGUUUAAUUUCCAGAAGGAAUACAAACUAACAGAGGAGCAGGCGCUGGACAUCAGCGAUCAUUACCCGGUGGAGGUGCUGCUGAGGGUGGUCAGCUCCAGAGCUUUCCCCAGAGGGUCUUCCUUUAAGAAUCACUUUUCUCUGUUUGCCUUCAUCCCACUCGUCCUCCAAGCUUUAUUAUGGUAAAUAAAUAAAGAACCUACAGGGUCUUUCUAACCUCUCAGAUUGAGAAUGAUCAGGAUAUUUGACUUUAUGAACUGAUGAUUCUCCAACACUUGGAGUCCAAAUCACCAAACAGCACCGAUGAGACUUUUAACAGAAAUGAAGCAGAACCUUUGGACCUCCGUCUUCACGUUCAUUAGAGGUGCUCCUAAAAGUUCAUCUGAAGGAUUCUYAGAUUUGUCUUUUUAACUUAUUCUCUUAAAAUGUGUUCAAGGGAAACAAAAGUGUUAAAAUCCAACUAAACCAGCAGCUGUAAUUAUUUAUUAUAUUGUGUGAUUUGUUGAAUAUGGUAAACAUGUCCUAAACUUUAUUGUGUUUGAUGGUUUUAUUUAAGAAAAGAAUACAACUUCUUAAUAAAACAAAAACAAUA